UUCGCCGUCUGCCACGAUGCCUGACAGUUUUAGGUGGCUAUGGUGAUAACGUUGAUAGGGGCUACGGCAGAGAAGAGGAAACGUGACUGAAUUCUCCAUCUUGCAUGAGAUUACAGAUGAUUUUACAGAUGACGGGGUCAUGAUUGGGAAUGGUGCCUGUGUCCAGGUACCAGAAGGACCAAUUUGAAUGAAGAACGGGGAUUGAGAGGAACUCCAUCAGCAUCCUGUUAAUUGUCCCAAAACCGAUCUUUGAAGAGUGAGUGAUGAAGUUAGAGACCCUGUAAUGAAGUUUCAUCUGGCUGAAAGAGCAGGAAGAAAACGUCUCUCAGGGAUUGUGCAGAAAUGACUGAAGCCUGAAGUCUCUCUGAGAGCGACAUCAGACAAGAUGGAGACUGCAAAUGCGUCUUCCACCGUUAACAUGACUGGUGGCAGUCACACCGGGCUCUUUUCAAAGAGCCCACACACAGUAGCAGAGAUAGUGCUCAUCCUGCUGGCAGCUGGAAUCCUUAGUCUGCUCACUGUCACCGGGAACAUCCUGGUCAUGCUCUCCAUAAUGGUAAACAAGAACCUACAGACCGUCAACAACUACUUCCUGUUCAGCUUGGCCUGUGCAGACCUCUUUAUUGGGUUCUGCUCCAUGAACGUUUAUGCCAUUUACAUGGUGAUUGACCACUGGCCUCUGAGAGAGGUGGACUGCAACCUCUGGUUGAGUGCUGAUUAUGUUGUCGGCAAUGCCUCAGUCAUGAACCUGCUCCUCAUAAGCUUUGACCGGUACUUCUGUGUCACCAAACCCAUGACCUACCCAGCACGUCGCAACACCAAGAUGGCCGGGAUGAUGAUCGCUGCGGCCUGGAUCCUGUCCUUCGUCUUAUGGACUCCCUUAAUCUUGUCCUGGCAGUUCAUUGUAGGAAGAUCAAUGCGCUCUCCUUACUGCUACUACCAGUUCUUCUACAACCCAUGGGUGACGUUCGUGGCUUCCAUCAUAGCUUUCUACCUGCCGUUGACCAUCAUGGCCUUCCUGUACUGGCGGAUCGCGAAGACCAGCUACAACAGCAUAAGGAGGAACAGCGAGAGAAUGUCAAUUUCAAGUUUAUCAGAAAUUGUCUCCGUUGUCCAAGGCGAAGGGAUCUGUAUCACAACCAAACAAGAGAAAGAGGAGACUGCAUCUGGGAAGGAGAAGGAAAUGUUGCAGUGGCGCCGUUUAUCUGGACUCUUCAGAAAAUCGCAGGCAGAAUCACAGGACUGCGCAUCGGAGACUGUCAAGGCUUCGACUUCCAAAGUACCUAACAUAAUAAAGAGCAGUUUAAAUGUUUCUGAUCGUAAUGUGAGCAUGAGAAUUAUGAAUAAGUGGAGAAGGAGGGUCAGUAGUUGCAGGGAAAAAAAAGUGACGCGCACCAUUAUGGCCGUCAUGGUUGCUUUUAUCGUCACAUGGACGCCGUACAACAUGAUGGUCCUUGUCCACGCACUCUGCAACCACUGCGUCCCAAAAACACUGUGGGGCACAUUGUACUGGCUCUGCUACGUCAACAGCACCAUCAACCCCGCCUGCUACGCCCUCUGCAACGACACCUUCAAGGUCACCUUCAAGCACCUGCUCCUGUGCCAGUACAAGUACAUUCGGGAACGAAGACUUUCCGCCUGGAAUGGAGCUGAAACUCAUGGACUCCCUUAAUAAAAAUAAAGGCGGAAGCUGAAACAGCCAGAAAUGGAUUCUGUUGGUUCCUGUGCACUUUCUUUUAAAUCAUGAAAAAUUGUGUGUUUGCUUUAUUAUACUUUAACAAAGACCUGCUACUGUUUUUGAUUCCCAGAAGUUUUUUUUAGCUCUGCAGAGUCUUAUUGUGAGAAUCUUAUUUUGUCCCCGUUUGCCUGUGGAGUCCAUCAAUUGUAAUGUUGUAAACGUUUAAAUGUGUACACCAACUAUAUAUAUUUGAGUCUUG